UUGCUAGAUCAGCUACAAAUUUGAAUUAUACUUAAACAAAUCCAAAUACAAAAUUUUAUUUUGCAUAUAAUUGCAUAUUUUGAGGUUUUUUUAUUUAUUCACAUAUUUUACAACUUUUUUGAUAUUAACUGCAUAUUAGAGUCAAAUGUUAUGUAAUUCACAAAAUAAAUUACUUCUGAAUGUCCUAUUGAUAAAAAAAUAAAACAAUACCAAAUUAUUUAUAGUUGUAUUGGCGGCGCGGCGCACGGCGGCGGCCCGAUAACGGGUAUUCCACAAUAUAUUUUCAAUUAAAUAUAUUUAUUUUUAGAAAAGUGCUGAUAUUUUCUGUUAUUGGGAUUAUUACAAUAACACGAUUAUAGAAUGCAGUCAGUUCGUUAUUUCUCGUUGGUUGGUAUUGUUUGACGUCUUCCGUAGUUCCGCGAGUGAAUAUCGAGUGUCCGCCUUUUUAGAUUAACUUGUGUUAAAAUGCCGAAAGUAAAAACAUCAGUUACCGUUAGAGGUAAAAAUUACGUUACUGAAUUCGGUGAACAUAUUUUCGCGUUCGAUGAGAGUGUUUUAUUUUGCAAGAUAUGCGAAGUCAAGGUAAAGUGCGAAUAACGUUUCAGUGUCACUCAGCACUUAAGUACUGAGAAACAUAUAAGAGCCUCUAAUCGUCAAAAUAAAAAUGCCACACAACAGCUAAUUACUACUCCAACACGAAAAUCUGACUUUUUUAAGGAUUUAUGUGAAGCAUUCUUAAAAUCAAAUAUUCCAUUAGAAAAAUUAGGAAAUCCUCAUCUACGUUUAUUCCUUGAAAAGUACAUAAAUAAAGAUAUACCAUCUGUAUCUACACUGAGAAAAACAUAUGUCAAUGAUUGCUACGAAGAUACGAUGAAUGAAAUAAGAAAUCAAAUACUUAAUAAAAAAAUCUGGGUGUCUAUAGAUGAGACAACAGAUACAGAAGGACGUUAUGUGGCAAAUGUGAUAAUUGGAACCUUACUAACCGACGGACCAGGUAAAAUUUUUUUAAUUGCUUCGGAAGUAUUAGAAAAAGCCAACCACACGACAAUAAGUAAAUUAUUUGAUAGAACCCUUUUUUCUUUGUGGCCAAAUGGAAUUAACCAUGACGAUGUUAUUUUAUUUGUGACCGAUGCAGCACCAUAUAUGGUGAAAGCUGCAAAAUCUAUUCAAGCAUUCUAUUCUAAAAUGGUACAUAUAACCUGCCUCGCCCAUGGUUUGCAUCGUGUAUGCGAGAAAAUUCGUGCAGAAUUUCCAAAAGUUGACGAACUUAUUUUGAAUAUGAAAAAAGUGUUCUUAAAGGCGCCAGCUCGCGUUGAAUUGUUCCGAAGAGAAGCCCCAGAAACACCAUUGCCUCCUUCUCCUAUCAUUACGCGUUGGGGAACCUGGUUAAAAGCCGCAAUGUACUAUUGUGAGAAUUUUAAAGCAAUUAAAAAAGUCGUACAUUUAUUAGAUGCUGAUGAUGCGCUAGCCAUUGGAAAAGUUAAAAAAAUUAUGUCAGAAACAGAUUUAGAAUCUAAUUUAGCUUUUAUUUAUACAAAUUAUGGAUUUCUAACUACGGCUAUUACAUGUUUAGAAACUCAGGGAACUCUUUUAACUGACGCAAUAAAAACAGUGGAGAAUGUAGAAAAUAAAUUAAAUACAAUAAAAUGUUCCAAAGGCAUUACAAUUUAUAAAAAAUUUGAAGAAGUUAUUGCAAAGAAUCUAGGCUUCAAAAUACUAACCAAAAUUUCAAAAGUUAUGCUGGGAGAAGAAAUCACAAUGGAUAAUUUACCUGAAGAUAUUUCUUGUGAUGAUCUACUAUAUUUCAAAUACGCACCAAUUUCUUCGGUUGACGUGGAGCGGAGCUUUUCGGUAUACAAAAAUAUGUUGGCAGACAACCGGCGGUCAUUUAAAUUUGAAAAUUUAUCAAAGUCGUUGAUUGUAAAUUGCAAUAUUUAAAAAUGUAUAUUAAUUAAUAAUAUUUUUAAUUACCUGUCAAAGAAAUUUGAAUAAAAAUCGUAGUAGUAUAAUAAUGUUUUUUUCCUUAUAUUUAUAAAUUUAAAAAAAUAAGGGCAUAUUUAAGCGCAUAUAUCACGAUUUUUAAGCGCAUAAGUGCAUGCAUAUUUCGGUAGUUUUUAGUGCAUGAACUUCCGGGCCCUAG